CGUUUCUCCCUCACCCACCCACCCCAAUGGCGUCAGCCUGAGGAUUGUAGCGUGGCGAGAGCGGCGCAAACUGGUCCCAUUCCCGUCUCUGCCGUGUGGGUGAUAAUUUGCUGCUUCCUAUGCCUCCGAGUCGCUCACCCUUUAGGCUUUGCUGUACUGGCGAAGAAGAGGAAGACUUGUGUCAUGUAACGGCGGCCACGGGAAGAGGCUCUCCUGCAGUGCCAGCCGUCAAAGAAAAUACCGUUCCCUCCUUCUCUCGGGAGGUUAGGUGACCGAGCGGCCGGGAAGCGAGGUUAAAAUGCCAGUUGCUGAAAUUAAGCCUUGGAUCCAUUGGUCACGAGUCAAGGUUGCCGCUUCAUCCGCGUGGCAGGUGGAUUCCCAUCCGGAGCAGCCUUUGCGUCUCACCCUUCGCCGACAGCGCGCUGCACCUGUGGCUGCCCCUUCUGGUGACACUCCGGAAGCUGUCCCUCUACGAACGGGAGCCGAAGAGGAACCCCUUGCAGGUAUUACUCCGGAGGCUAAUACCCAUCGCACGGGCAACUCUCCUCGCUUUACCCUGCGCUCUGGGAGGAAGGUCCCCUCGUCAUCUCCUUGAUUUCAUGUGCUGGUUUUGCCCCUGCCCCUGCGACUCCUGCUGCUGUUCCCAUUGUAUUGAUUGUGUUUUGUGUAUUCACUGUACCCUUAUUUGUGAUAUAGUAGUUAUUGAACAGGUUCUUGAGGGAUUCUUCUACUUUAAUUCAUCUGGCCAACGGGUCUCUACCCUAUCGGCAACUCCUACAGUUCUCACAGCCCUUAGUCAACCACCUCUUACAUAUUCCUAUCAUUGGUCUUAAAUGGACCCAGCCCAGCGUAUCCGUGAGACGGCUUGUAUUCGCCGUGGCCUUUUGCCUUCUAUUUGGGUUGUUAUUGUUCUUUUACUAGCCAGUAUCGUUAUUAAUUCACUUUACCUUUAUCGUGUUCUGCUGGGAACAGGGGGGAAGGGGAGCUUGGAUUUGGAAGGUCCCCUUUCGCCUCUGGAUCAGGGCAAGCGCUUCCCCACGGAUGAUGACAUUUGGACAUGGUUAGGAGGAAACAUGUCACCUACAUUGGAUCCAGUUCUGUUUUAUGACCCUGUGGGAAUUGAACCUGAGUUCAGCCCUAGUCAGGAACCUCGUUCCCUGGCUACAGUUGUAACACCGUCACUAUGUACUGACUGUUUCCUGUCCCUGUCAAUCGGCCGGCGCUUCGCCUUCACACUACUUGCAGCACCUAAUUGUUCCUCUGGGUACCUACCCCCAUGUAAAUAUAAGAAUUACUCAUUCUUACGCUGCAACGAUGAUCCUUUACAAAAAUGCCAUCUCAUACGCCCCUUUGGCUCUGACCAUCACGGUACCUCGCGCAAGCACAGGACCACUCGCGAGGUGCAGAUAGACCAUGCGCUCGGGCAGAGCCCUUGUAGUUGUGAGACAAACAGGAAGGUGUAUGGGAAACCUGCUUCAUGCACUCAGUUCGAUCUAACCACCUGUAAGGCUGGACAAGUACUGUAUAACCGGUGCAAUGGGACAGGGGGGAUAUAUUGCUAUUUGCAGGAAGGGGACCUGACAGAGUGCUCCCCUUGUGUAAGACAAAGCAGUUUCCUUUAUACCCCACUGCUUACCUCCAUGUGCAGCGAAGGACGGACAUGUACACGGGACUCUGUCCAGUAUAAGGUUUGUGUUCUUAACGACGCACCAUACUGUUACCGUAUUGGUCCCUUUCCUCCUCGGCAGCCAGCACCCAAACUUAAGCAACCACCAAAGGCACCGAUACCAUCCUCGUGUGCCGAAUGCAUAGUCACUACCAGGUCGGAUCAGGUUAUUAGCAAUACAUUAAUUUACCACACUGCUAAGCCGGACGAUUGUCCGACCGAAUUAUCAACCUGCACUCUGAAUAACACAAUUUAUAGGAGAUGCAGGGAUAAGAGGGCGGUAGUUCAAUGUUAUGACCCCUCACAGAUAACCAAGUGGACUGAACAUGGGGUCUACCUAUAUCACAUGGGUGGUUCUGGCUUGGAAUUGGUUGCUUCAAAUUCUACCCCUUACAGACAACAAUCCCUGACACUUACCUUUGAUGCUUGUAACCUCAUCAAUAGAGGAGGCUAUUAUCAAACCCGAUGCGGGGGGCUGGACUGGGAGAGAGAGUAUAUGUUCAACAGCAAAUACAUGUGUCUCAAGACCAGGUCAAAACCUGAUUGUCACAUCGCUGAUACCUACAACUGGUGUCCCUAUAAGAGUUGUGUCUCCAAGACGGAUAGUACCCAGGCUAUCUCCCUUCGGAAUGGAGUAGCUGCAAGUAAUUGUCCGUUGGGAAAAUGUAAUCCCGUUGUCCUAACUUUCCAUCAUUCGCUUUGGUCUAUGAAUAGAGAUGGAGCCUUUGCUGAUUAUGGUUUUCAAAUUGAUGGCAGAGGUAGGGACCCAGGAGCUAAAAUAAGGAUUAAAUUCACCAAACGGGCACGAUCCCGUGGCGAUACUAAACACCUCUUCUGGUCUUUCUAUGAGGAAAUUGCUAAGCUUAACAUUCCUGAUUUCCCUGCCCAGGUACAUAAUACCUUUGUCCGAUUAGCAGAGGACAUCGCUCAUACCCUUAACGUUUCUAAUUGUUUUGUCUGUGGAGGUACAAACAUGGGUGACAAAUGGCCAUGGGAGGCACAGGAACUUAAUUACUCCACUGUCCUGGAUAUGGAACAUCGUAAUAACCUCACUGCCACCCCUGGAAAGGAUGGCACCUGGGCUUUAACUUCUAACCUGGUAGGUUCUGUCUGCUACACUAGGAAUCGUUCCAACGGCUGCUUUUAUGUCGGCUCUCUUCGCUGCCGCUCUGCCUGGAACAAUCGUACCUGGUGGUCUGGUACUAACAGGACCUACACCACCGAUGACACAGCUCUGGAAAGGGUGCAGCUUCUGCAAGGGUACAUCUUGGAUCCAAUGAAUAAAGCUGUGCCUUGGUUGGCUCCAGAUGGUAUGUAUUGGUUAUGCGGUGCCUUUGCCUAUGCUGAACUCCCUGCGGGUUGGUGUGGCUCCUGUGUCCUGGGAAUCAUUCGCCCAGGCUUCUUCUUGUUACCACUCCGAAAUAGGCAGAUUUUGGGUGUGCCGGUCUAUGAUGAAAUUGGGAAUCUCAUUAGGUCCCGCCGCCAUGUUGACACAUCCGCUAUUGAAAAGGUUAAGGUAGGCGGCUCACACACAUUCCAGGAAGAGGAAUGGCCUGCAGAAAGGAUAAUUCAGUACUACGGCCCGGCUACAUGGGCUGAGGAUGGCAUGUGGGGUUACCGAACCCCAAUUUAUCUCCUCAAUCGCCUCAUUCGUUUGCAGGCGGUGGUUGAGAUCAUAACUAAUGAAACAGUUAAGGGCCUCACUAAGCUGGCUAAGGAAAGUGUGAAAUCUAGAACCUAUAUUAUGCAGAAUCGCCUUGCCUUGGACUAUUUGCUUGCCAAAGAAGGAGGGGUGUGUGGUAAGUUCAACCUUUCAAAUUGCUGCAUUGAGAUUGAUGAUAGUGGCCAUGUUAUUAAGGAAAUCACCGAUAAGAUGGUCAAGAUUGCACAUGUCCCUGUUCAGACAUGGAGAGGCCUUAACCUGGCUGAUGCUUUCUCGGGAUGGUUUCCAAAAUUACCGGGUUUGCAGGCUAUUGUCGCUCUCAUCGGUCUCAUCGCUGCUGGAUGUGUUAUCUUGCCUUGUGUACUCCCAAUCUUUAUCCGCACCAUUACCAGUACCCUGUCCUUAUUGGUUGACAAAAAGGCCACAGCCCAGGCAAUGGCCUGGUGGGAAUACCAGAAACUUGUGGACAUUGAGGGGCGUAGUGUCACGGAAGGUAACCUCGAAUAUGAAACUUUGCAGUGACUGCAGCACUUGGCAAAGUCUCAACAGGGGGGAAUGAAGGAGAGCCCCUCAUAUGGUGUAUCCUAACAGUAUGUAUCCUAAAGGCCUUGCUUUUAUAUCAUUUAUAACGUAUCUAUAAAUGUAUUACCCUUUAUCCUAAAUCUGUACUCUCUGUAGCAAUCUGUCGUAACUAUAGUGUUGUAAUCAUUGUAACCACAAGAUGUUCCUAGGUAAUAUUGUGUAAACCCUAUAGGAGUGUAUACCCAUAUACUUCUGCUUUUAUACUUUUCCAUUAUGUACUUCUGUAUUUGUACUUUUCCAUUUUACCAAUCUGUAUGUAGGCAUAUCGCAUUAUCCUAAGAGGAACUGAAACCAUGUUAUAAUCAUGAAACCUAUAAAACCUGCCUCAGGGCGUUGCUCGGGGCUCAGUAUUUGCCAGGUUACUGCACUGGGCCUAUUGCUAGCAAUACUCAAUAAAAGUCUGUUUUCUCUGGA